AUGUAUGCAAAAGGCAUCCUCUCUGUGGCCACCCUGGCCGCGGCCGUGUUCAUCAACUCGGCCCUGGCAUCGACCAGCUCGCAUGUGCGCAGACACAACCCGAUCCUGCCAAAGCGGCAGGUGACUAACGACACGGCCUACGACUACAUAGUCGUGGGUUCUGGCCCGGGCGGCGGACCCCUGGCGGCGAACCUGGCCGAGGCGGGCCACAAGGUGCUGCUCGUCGACGCCGGUGGCGACUCGGGCGACGACCUCAUUGAGCAGAUCCCCGUGCUGUUCCCACGCGCCACCGACGACCACCCCACGACGCAAUGGAACUAUUUUGUCACACGCAGCUCGGACCCGGCGGUCGAGGCCAGAAACGAGAUCACGUCGUACCGCCUGCCCAACGGCACCAUCUACACCGGGCUCUACCCGCCCGCAGACGCCGUGCCGAUCGGCACCCUAUACCCCCGGGCCGGCACGCUCGGCGGCUGCAGCCGGCACAACGCGCUGGUGGCCAUCCGGGCCUUCGACAGCGACUGGGAUGCGGUGGCGGAGAGGACGGGGGACACGUCGUGGAACGGCAGCACCUUCCAGCGGUAUCUCGAGGAGAUUGAGCACUGUGACUACCUCCCCAACUCUGUCGUCGGCCACGGGUUCCAUGGCUGGUUCUGGACGCAGCUCACGUCGCUUGUCACGGCAGUGCAGGACCUGAAAAUAAUCAGCAUCAUCGCCUCGGCCGCGUCGGCAUCGGGCAUGAGCCUCAUCGGCAUCGUCUAUCAAACCGUCGCAGGGCUGGCCAAGAUUCUGAGUAAGGAUAUCAAUGCGCCGGGAAAGACCAUCAGCACGGGCCCGUACCAGAUGCCGCUGUCGAUGGGCAAUUCGACACGCGGUGGAGCGCGGGACCGCAUCUUGCAGGUGGCCACCGCGGCCGACGCUGACGGGAACAGGCUCUAUCACCUUGACAUCAAGCUCCACACGCUCGUGACCAAGAUCCAAUUCGACACGAGCUCAUCCUCUCCUGACGGUCCAAAGGCCACAGGUGUCGAGUACCUCGAGGGGAACGCCCUGUACCGCGCAGACACCCGCUCAGACAGCGCCGUCGUCGAGGCCGAGGGUGUCCUCAGGGCGUCCAAGGAGGUCAUCGUCGCGGCGGGGGUGUUCAACACCCCUCAGAUCCUCAUGCUCAGCGGCAUCGGCCCCGCCGACGAGCUAUCAGCCCACGGGAUCGAGCCGCUCGUCGACCUCCCCGCCGUUGGGUCCAACCUCCGCGACCACAUCGAGGUACCCGUCAUCAGCGAGACGCAGACCAACUUCAGCCUCACCAGCGGCUGCACCUUCCUGUACGGCUACCCGGAGGUCCCGGACCCAUGCCUGGAGAGGUGGCAGUCCGGGCUCGGGCAGGCGGCCAAGGGCACUUACGCGACCAACGGGCUCGCGGUCGGCGCGGUCAUCCGGACCAGCGCGGCGCCCAAUGCCGACGACCCGGAUGUCCUCGUCUACGGCGGGCCAGCCAACUUCCCGGGCUUCUUCCCCGGCUGGUCCGAGCUGGCGCUGCACACGGACCACAGGCACUGGGUGUGGCUAAGCCUGCGGGCGAGCACGCCCAACGAGGCGGGGACGGUGCGCCUGCGAUCUGCGGACCCGCGCGACACCCCUGUCAUCGCCUUCAACACGUUCGGGGGCGCCCCGGCCGCGCGGGACAAGGACCUGCAGGCGUCGUACGAGGGCGUGUCGUUCGCGAGGCGCGCCAUGGACAGCCUCAUCCCGCUCGAUGGCUCGUUCGAGGAGACGAAGCCCGGGAGGCGCAACGCCAGCGACGAGGGCGCGGUCAAGGAGUACAUCGAGGCCAACUCGUUUGGGCAUCAUGCGUGCUGCACGGCAUCAAUCGGGGCGGUGCUCGACUCCCGGUUUCGCGUCAGGGGCGUGCAAGGCCUGCGGGUCGUGGACGCGUCGGCGUUCCCCGUCAUCCCGGGCUUCUUUAUCCAGCUGCCGACGUAUUUGCUGUCGGAGAAGGCCAGCGAGGCAAUUCUUGGGGAUUCUUAG